AUCCUCACAGAAGUUAGAAACGCGCGUACAUAGCGAUUUGGUGACUCCAACUAACUAUUUUCUUGUUUUCAAAACCAAGUCACUCUUCUUCUUCUUCUUCAAUCUUCACAGAGCAACCAAGCAAGAAAAGAAAAUGAGGCCUAACAUCGUUUCCGAGGCAGGAGUGCAGACUAGGUUGGCACAAUGGUGGGAGGGUCUUCCUUUCCUUACUUCUGCGGUGGUUGUUGUUUGCACAACUAUUUACUUGGUUUGCCUCUUGGCCGGAUAUGACUCCUUCUAUGAAAUAUGCUUUUUGCCGUCUGCAGUUAUAUCACGAUUCCAAGUCUACAGGAUUUUCACUGCCAUUCUGUUUCAUGGUUCGCUGCUUCAUGUGUUGUUCAACAUGAUGGCUUUGGUUCCUUUGGGUUCUGAGUUGGAGAGAAUUAUGGGAUCUGUCCGCUUGUUGUACAUAAUCAUUCUGUUGGCUACAACCAAUGCUCUGCUCCAUCUUCUAAUUGCACUUUUGGUGGCCUAUAAUCCUAUUAAGCCUUUUGAGUAUUUGAUGCAUGAGUGUGCAAUAGGCUUCUCAGGAAUCUUGUUUUCUAUGAUUGUAAUAGAGACAAGUCUGAGUGGACAGCAAUACAGAAGUGUGUUUGGGCUCUUUAAUGUGCCUGCUAAAUGGUAUGCAUGGAUCUUACUGGUAGUGUUCCAACUUGUUAUGUCUAAUGUUUCAUUACUGGGACACCUGUGUGGUAUUCUGUCUGGCUUCGCAUAUAGUUACGGCUUGUUCAAUUUCCUCAUUCCUGGACCAUCCUUCUAUUCCAAAAUUGAGGCCUCCUCGUUGCUUUCAACUUGUGUGAGGCGGCCUAAAUUUAUUUUGUGCACUGGUGGAAAUCCCUCUGCCUUCAUCCCUACGUAUUCAAGCCAAGGUACCACGUCUAGUGGAUUGUUUUCGGCAAAUUUGUGGAGAAACUUAUCUUCAUGGAUCCCACAGAGGGAAACAUCUUCACAGGCAACACAAGACGACAUAUUUCCUGGGAGGGGUAGGACACUAGGGUCCGCUCAAGGUCAGGCUGUUUCUGAUGUUGAUUCAGAGUCAAACUUACAGGCUAGACUGUUGGAUAAUAGUGACUCAGAACAUCCAUCUGAUGCAGGACGGCAGUUAUCUGAUGGAAGGCAAACAGUAAAUAAUACGGUGGCAGCUGGAGCUGAAAUUCCUGUUCACCAUCAGGAUUAUGUGGCUUCUGAAGAAGAAAUACAAAAGCUUGUAUCAAUGGGUUUUGAAAGGACACAGGUUGAAGUUGCACUAGCAGCUGCAGAUGGUGAUAUUAAUGUGGCAGUCGAAAUUCUGAGCCAACAGGGUUAAAAUGCAAGUGAAGUUGCUAACUGUCGACUUCCCACAGAUCUGAACCUCCAUUGACUCAGUUUGACUUGCCCAGUUCCACUAUCACAUCUAUGUGAAGUUCCAAAUCUUUUAUACUGUAUAUUGUAUGAGAGCAGCACUGGCAUUAUUUGCUGGGGGAGAGAAGAUUAUGAAUGGGAUAAGACUUUACACUAACAUUUGAUAAAAGAAAAGGUACAGAAAUGGUCUAUAAAAUUUGUUCAGAAAAAGAAAAGAAAAUGGUUUCAGACAUAUGAGCAUUGGCAAUACUAGAUUAGUAUCCGAUCUAAUUGAUCAGAC